AUGAGGAGUGCCCAUCUUCAUGCAGCAGCAACAGGCUUUGUGGAUCUGGGUCUGUGGUGUGGCUUUCAGGCUGUGGGUUAGUUGGUGCGCAGGGGAAUACUAAUGCAGCUCUUUGUCUUCCAGAUCAGUGUACAUUGGGCAUUAGUGAUGUCAUGGAUUUUGUGUUGGGCUCUUACACUCAAGGACACGUGUGUGUACUUAGGGGCACACGGGAGGAUCCCUCUCCCGAAACAGACAGAGUGGUCCAUACUAUUUACUUCAUUUAAUAUACAGUGCAGGUAUGCAGUAUACUCACUGUAAAUGUGUAUAAAUCUAUACUGUACACUAUGUACAUCCAAGAAGAAAGUAUGUGUAAGUAUGUUAUACAAAUGGAAUAAACUACCUGAAAUAGAUGAUGCCCUAUCAUUUACUUUGGUUGCAUUUAUUAUCAUCUGUAGUGAAUGGCGUCUCUUUGACUACGUAAUGUACUGAUACCGUAUGUAUACAGUAAACUUAAAGGAACUCAGCAGCAGUAGCGACAUUAAUCGGAGGGGUGCUAAAAUGCCUACCACCCUGCUGGUCUUGAAUAACUCUCUGUGCCAAGCGCUUGACACUGCUUGCGUUAGUAGGGAUCUUUUUUUUUAAUGGCCCUAUUUGCAUGACAAAGUGUGCUUCUGAUUCAAGGGUGCUGAGGAAGGUGGAGGUAGAGGGGAGAGAAGGCUGGCUGGAGGCAGAGGUGGACUGUUGGACAGAAAGGCUGUGAUUUGUACCUCCUGGCUGGCAGCAUCAGACGGACGCUCCUCACCAUGUACGGCAGAGGCUUCGCCACAGAGGCCAGUUAGCCAGGACAUGCUGGAGACUGGAGCUGGACACUGGAUGAAUGGACUGGGCAUAUGUCAGAGGACACACAGUACAUCGGAGUAGUGGUCAUCAGGACGUAAGGAGAGUUACAGCAGCCUUGGCGUAACACUGAGCAGUGAGAGCUGGAGCAGGAGCAGCCUGUUCACUACAAGUCUACAGUAAGCCCAGUUACUCAUCACAUGUUGCAGUCUGGUUCUGAGGUACCUUUUAUAUGUGUUAGAUGAGGAGUAGUGUACAGCUAUUUUAUUUGACAUAGUUCUCUUUGAAAUAUACAAAACAUAUAGUAUAGUAUCUAUCAUCUUUCAAAUAUUGUUUAACCACACAUGUUUUUGUGCUGUGUUAGUCAUUGUAUUGUUGAACAGAAGUGAAUUUGUCUUUGAUAUGAAAAGAGACUACAGCAUGAUCCAUUGAAGUUAACCUAAAUGUUCCCUGAAAGGCAGAGGCCAGUAAGCAUUUUGUUUUCUUCCAGCUGUGGAACAUUGAGAAGUAGAGAUGACUGGAACCCUGCUGACUCCGGUUCUGCUCUGUUGCAUAGUGGUAAUGUCUAUUCCUUUCUUACGUAAACUAUGAAAUCAUUUGGAGAAAAAAACAAGUUCACAUUUUCAGUGUUUUAUUUUAGAAAUGAAUGCAUUCGUUGGUAGAUCUGAUAAGUUUGAUAGGCUUAACACAACUACUAAUUUGACUGAUUAUUCGGUUUGUUUCUAUUUUGAGAUUAUUGGAUAAAUAAAUAUCAAGGAUAUUACAUGUCUAUGCCAUAGCCAACAGAAUAAAGCAGUGUAAAUGUUUUCCUUUAUGGUAGGUGCUGUGUGAAUGUGAGCCAACACAGCCAGGGCUAGACAGAGGAGAGAGGGGCUCAGAAGGUGAGUUCUGGAACUGUCAAUCACUUUCAAUGCCAUGGCAGCAACUCUUACAAUCUGAUGUAUGAUGCUUGAAACUCUUUUGUACAUCAAGGCUAUUCCAUGUUGUUUCCAUAGAGAUUUGCUCAAAGAGAUGAUAGAGGUGUUCCUGUAAAGUGUGAUAUCCACAUGUGGACUGAUCCAUGCCUAUUUGUGGUUGUGUGUUCCUGGUGUCAUAUUGACAGAGGGCAGCAGUCUGCGCCUGGUCCAUCAAACAUCAGACUGGGUGUUCCAGCUGGUCAACGUGUCCCUGGACCUCUCCCAGGCAGGGAGCUUCUGCAGGGGCCAGUUCAGCUCCCUCACCACCCUGGGCCAACCUGAAGACGAGGAGGGAACCCUGGAGCUCCAGAGGCAGGCAGGCCUGCAUGGACCCAUAUGGGUCAGGGACCCCAACAGACCAACUAGCAGGUCUCUGGCCCUCACCAAACAGUGUGAGUUAAUAACUUAAACACCUACAGAUGUAGGAUCAUAAUUUGAUCACUCUUUUGUUGCUGAGAAUUUUCCUUCAUAGCAGGAAACGCAAACUUGUAGUGUAUUUUAGUUUUAAAAAGGCUUCUAAACUUUGUCAUUUCCACUUUGAAAUGUCAGACUUGAUUUGCCCUAAUGAAACAAUUGAUCAAUCCCUACAAAAAUGUCCAUUAAUUAUAAUCCACAUAAUAAUUCACAUUUCCUAUUGCUGCAGGAUUGUUUUUCUGCUGUAGAAAAUUGGCUCAAAUUAAGAUCUUAGAUCGGUAUGUCCUGAUGCAAUAUUGCAUGAUGAUCUGUACUUUGGUGUUGUGGGUUUGGAUUAGGGUUAGCAUUGAAAGUGAUCUCCUUCUGUCUCUACCUGUUUAGAUGUGUUGUUCCAAGCCCUGAACUUCCCCAGGGACUCCCAGGAGGGCUACGGCCGUGUCAACAUGACGUUCCCGGCAAUGCCAGCGGUGAGCGUGUGCGUCCGCGUGCAGUGGGACCCCCAGUGGUACCAGGUGUCCACCAUGUACUCCUACGCCGCGGCCGUCUUCACCAACGAGUUCCAGCUGCGCGGGCAGUUGGACGGGACAGGACGCAUCCUGCUGGCACUCAUUGUUCAUGGGCAGCACCGCCCCUACAAGGCAUCCUUCCCCAACGAUGGGGCCUGGCACCACCUCUGUGUCACCUGGCGCAAGACUGACGGCCACUGGGCCAUCUAUGUGGAUGGGGAGAGGGGGGACAUGGGCUCCGGGUCUGACACCCCCAGGGACAUACAUGGAGAUGGCAUACUUAUCCUGGGGCAGGACCAGGACUCGUUUGGGGGGAACUUCACUGAGCCCUUUGUAGGGAAUAUCACAGAUCUGAAUGUCUGGGACACAGCCUUGGAGCAGAGGCAGUUCCGUGCCCUGAAUGGCUGCUCAUCUUUGACCCAGGACGCUAUCUUUACCUGGAGUAUUGAUAAUAUGACCCGUCACCCAGUGGUCAGAGAGGUGCCAGCCAUGCUGUUCUGUCCAGGUGAGACUGCACCUACAGUCACACAGCAAUGAGAUUCCCCUACAUAGCAGUUGAAUCUUGGCCAAAACUUACUGUCAGCCAUAUUGUUUCACCUGCCCCCUUGUGGUCUCCUGCUCCUAUUGCGGUACUUUACAUUGAUGAAGGAUUUGUUCACUCAUAAAAUUCAGCUCACAUUAUUUGGGUGGCCUCCUGCAGGUUUUGAUCAGAAUGUAGGUCUUUUGAUUCUUUCACAUAGCCUUUUAAUUAUCUUAUGGUACCUCCUCAAUAGGACAUUCUAUGGCAAACCUAUAGCCCUUCUUCCAGACCAAUCCAUUUCUAUUACUAAUCCAAUACCGAGGCAGUGGUGGUUGUUCCCAGUCUUCCGUCAGUUGGUUGUUGGAAUCAUUCAAGGUGAUCUACCUCUAAAGAGGCCAGUGAAGCCAGUGGCUGUCUGCCUGAACACAUCCACUAUGUCUGUCUGAGAGAGAGACAUUGGGGAGAGGAAACUGGUUAGCGUGGUUCACUGGCUAAAGGCCAUGUGGAGGGCAGAGGGACGGGGCUUCGUGCAAGUAUGAGGUCUGCUUUACGAAGAGAAUGGAGCUCUACUCAAUAGUGAAAAGCAACAAAAUGUUUAACCGUCAUGAAAAAUAAUGGAUUUCAUUGCUAUGUUUAACAAGUGAACUGACUCACGAUGGAUGGGCUUUUUGCUGGCAUCCAUUCUCAGUAAAAACACGGUCAAAUCAAUUGCAAGGAAUUGUCUGUGUUUUCAAAGGUUGUUGAAUAUGAUGAAUAUUAAAAUAUUAUGGUAUUUCACUUAUUUCAAAUAUGUUAUGUUAGGCUACAGCAUGCUAAAAUAAACAAAAUACUUAGAGGACUAUGGAUUAAACAAAAGUGUCACAAAAUCAAGAACUCACUUGAUGCAAGCGAGUCAUUUAAAUGUAUUUCCAUUAACUUUGGUAGAACAGAUGAUGUAGUCACUGGAGCUGUCUCAUGCUGUGUGUGUGUGUGUGUUGUGUGAGCAGCGGUCCACAGGCAGAGGGCGAUGCAGGGCUGCAGGACUCUAAAGGGCUGGUCUAGCCAACAGCUCCCCCUGUAUGACUCUGCGGACUGCUCCACCACACUGCCCUUCAUCUGCAGGACCAGCAGGGGUGAGUCCUAGACUGCCACUACCUAGGACCAGACCAUUACUUACAUACUGUAACAAAGAGGGCUAUCACAGUACUGCAUGGCUCAUUACUGUACACCCAUAAGUUGUCUACUUCUGAACAGACAAGUGAAAUGAAUUUUGCAUCACAUUAGGGAAACUGACUGAACAUGAAUAUUUGUGACUUUGUACAAUGCUAGUAACUACCCUCACCAAACAUCAGAGAGGAACCAUGGACUGUCUCUGACAUGACUGUUUGUUACAGAGCGCUAUGUUAAGAUGAAGGAGUUGAGUGAGUCUCAGCGCUCCCAUCCCAGUCCCUUCAUGCACCAGCUCAUGCAGCUCUCCAAUGGAACGCAGGUAAAGACUGAUUACUGUAAAUCGUUGGUUGUUAUGUCAGUGAAUUGGUUGUUCUGUCAGUGAAUUGGUUGUUCUGUCAGUGAAUUGGUUGUUCUGUCAGUGAAUUGGUUAUUCUGUCAGUGAAUUGGUUGUUCUGUCAGUGAAUUGUUGUUCUGUCAGUGAAUUGGUUGUUCUGUCAGUGAAUUGGUUGUUCUGUCAGUGAAUUGGUUGAUCUGUCAGUGAAUUGGUUGUUCUGUCAGUGAAUUGGUUGUUUUGUCAGUGAAUUGGUUGUUCUGUCAGUGAAUUGGUUAUUCUGUCAGUGAAUUGGUUGUUCUGUCAGUGUGCUAUGUUCAAUAUUCUUUUAACCCUGUUUUUGACUUCCUCUCCAUCCUCUGCUGUGUGUGUGUGUGUGCAUGCUUGUGUAUUAGGGCAUGGAGGGUGUGAUGGGGGAGCAGCCAGGGGGCCAGAUGAGCUGGGGUCAGGCGUCCAGUCUGCUAAACAUGUCCAGGCAGGCCCUGGAGGACACUAGGGAGGGGCUGCAGCCAGGGGACAUGCUGUCCCUGGUCCAGCUGCUAGCGCGGGUUGCAGACGUGCCCACAGACACGGCCGCAGUAGGCAACGACAGCCUGGCCACCACCAGCGCUGGGGAGCUCAGCCACACCUUUAUCACUGUGGCUGACAGCAUCAUCAGCCAGGACAACGCCCCCAAGUGGCAGGCCAUCAAACAGGUACCAAUCAAUUAUUCAAAAGUUUUUAUAAAGCCCUUCUUACAUCAGGUACCAGAGAGGCAGGCUAAAACAAUGACUGGGAACAGGUGGAGGUAGAGCCGCCAACGUGUUGGGAACAUAAACAAGACUACUGGAGUAUUACAGUGUUAUUUGAGCAUAUCUCCACUAGAGGGCAGUAAGCUCAAAUGGAUAAUGUGAAUGAAAAACUAUCAAAUGAAUGGUUACACUUGGCUAGAUUAGUGUACUUGUACAGAGCACAUAGGGUUGAAUCUUGAUCAAACUUAAUCGCAGAUACACUCAAUUUAAUCUGCUCUAGAUUGCAUGAAAAUCGGGCAUGACAAUAAACAGGUUGAAUUUGUAUAUUGAUGCAGCACUUUUUCACGUACUAUUAUGAUCUCUGGGAAUUUUCAAAUGUGUGUGAACAUUUUGAAGAUAAUAUCCAUUAUUGUCUUUGUUGAAUGUUCUUCAAAGGAACACAGUGAAGUGCUUUGUGCUAUUAUGGUUAACAGAUCCCAUCCAAAACAAUUACUCAGACAUGUCUAAUAUUAUACUUCAUAUAAACAGCAAGUAUUGCAUGUCUAUGUAUCCUAGUGCUAGCCAUAUGAUAAGCGUUCAUAUUGUUGCAGAUCUUGCCUCCCCCAUUUCACCCACCUCCCCCACCUCCCCUCCCCCAGGCCUCUCUACCCUCCAAGGUCACAGCAGUACAGCACAGCCAGACUGAAUGUAUUAGAGCAGCUUGAGGACUGAAACACUGUGGCUUUCCUCAUCCACAUAGCACUGCUUCACCCACAGUGUCUGCUCUAUCCAAUAACUACAGCCAGGAGUCUCCUGACCGCCUGACCAAACUCUGGGUCCUAGUUAUAGGCUUAAUAUCCUGGUCAGGUCACGUGGUCAGGUGAAACUCCUGGCCCUACCAAUGACCAGUAUAUCUAUAUGAUUCAACCCCAUACCCUUAUCCCCACCUUGUCCUAGGUGGUGAGUGGACCGAUGGCUGUGGUCAAGAGCAUUGACCGCAUGGUGACCAGUCUGAGCACUCGGCUGAUGGCAGAAACGGACCAUCUACUCAUCCACAGCUCCAACAUCAGUGAGUCACUUAGUAGAUUACAGUACAUUCUCUAGACUGUUAGAGUGUGUUCUGUGUGCUGCUGAAAGGCUGAGAGAGCGGACCGACCAUAGAAUUAGGAAUUAGAACACUAUAAUAGGAUCUCUAUGGGACAGACAUACUACAACACAAAUCAAUAUCGAACCGAUAAUAUCUAAUUCAGAAUUGGCCACUUAAAAAUGUUAUUGGUUCGGUCUUGCUUUGUGUUGUGUGUUUACUGCUAUGCAGAGACAUCUGGACUUCUUUUAGACCCCGCCACAUGAGCUCCAUGCUGGUCCUUUCCUUAGUUCUUCACUAGCUCUAUGCACACUCACUAGACUCUACCCACACACUCAAACAUACUACACUGACACUCCACACACACACACACACACACACACACACACACACACACACACACACACACACACACACACGCACACACAUACACACACACACACACACACAUACAUAUUGACGCCACACACACAUUCACACAUAAACACACUUUCACACUCUUCACAUACGCUGCUGAUGCUACUCUGUUUAUUUUCUAUCCUGAUUGUCCAGUCACUUUUACCCCUACCUACAUGUACAUACUGUAUUACCUCAAUUACCUCAACUACCUCGUACCCCUGCACAUUGACUCGGUACCAGUACUACAACCAUUCCUCUUACUAUAGUAUUAUGUUAAUUCCACUGAGAAUAUGUCUUUAUGUGAUUCAGAGCUGGAGGUUCGGCAGCAGAGACUGGGAGAGAGAUCUAGUGGGCCUAAGUUCUGUGGUCGAGACGUAGAGAGCGACACCAACAUAGACUGUAUCUCAGUCCCCACGCAGAACAUGCAGAAUCUCCAUGACAACGGUGAGAGACAGCCCUGAGAGCGUAUCUCAUCUGCACUCCUUCAGCCAUAGCCUAGUGCUUUUACAGUCUCAACCAUGCAUUCCACUAACAGUAAACACCUAGUGAAGCAGGAUUUUAUUUGACAUACCACGCAUUUAUCAAGCACAGUUUUGUAGGCAUAUCCCACUGGGCACACCAUGUCAUUUCAAUGUGGAUAAUUGGGUCAUUUUUGGUUGAGAUGUUGAUCAAUGAGAUUACAACCUAUAUUCACCCACUCAAAACUAAAACCAAAAGUUUGUUAAAUUUCCAAUGUGUUAUCACAAUGCUUUCAACCAUCUAAAAGCACAACCAAAUUCCAAUGGAAAAACAAUGUCAUGUUUUUGGUUUACACCCAAAUGUCUAUCACUGCGCUUUCAACCAUUUAAAAUCACAGCAAAGUUCAAAUGGGAAUACAAUGUGAGAUAUUUUCUUUAUUUAUACAACAAAUUGAUGUGUUAUCACUUUGCUUCAUCUAAUAGCAGAACUAAAUGACCUGGAUUGCAGUUGAGAUUACAUUAAAAGUACAUGGCGCAAGUGAUCAAUGCCUUUUGAGAUUCUGCACAGAUUAUUACAGCAAUUGUGAAGAUAUCCACAGACCUGACAACCUAUCCAUGUUAUCUUGAACAUACACGCUUUAUAUGAUUAUAUAAAAAUAAAUGUAUAGUUACAUAAGGUUGAAUGUUACAUUAGUUUGUAAGAUAGCAUUAACCUUAGGCUAUUUACUGUAUUACAAAAGUAAUAUUGAAUUGUGUUUGGUUGACAACCUAACCAAAUAUCAACAUUUAAAGGAGAUGUAAAACUGGUUGAAUCAACAUUGUUUCCACGUCAUUUCAACCCAAAAAAUCAAUGUGAUGACAUUGAAUCAAUGUGGAAAACUAAUUGGAUUUGUAAAAAGUUAUCAACGUAAGGGCAGUUCGUCUUAUAUUAAAAAAAUAUAUAUAUAUCCAAUGACAUGGUGACGUUUUUUGUUGAUUUCACGUUGAAUUCAUAUUAGUUGACAACUCAACCAAAUGUAAAUUAAGACAUUGAACUGACGUCUAUGCCCAGUGGAUAGUGACUACUGCUUGGGUAGUUCCAUCUGAGCCACUGGCUUAAACACAUUCUUUAACUUUUAUUUUUGUUGAGUAUGAGACGUUAAUAUAAUUUGUUAACUUGUCGACAAGUUAAUAGGCUAUUUAUUGUAUUUCAAAAGUGAUAUUCAAUUGUGUUUGGUUGUCAAUGCAACCAAAUAUCAACAUUUGAAGGAUAUUUAUAUUCUGCUUGGAUAGUUCCAUCUGUGCCACUGACUAAGUCCGGCUUUAAUUCCAGUUUGUCUACAAAUGAAUAAUGUAUAUGUUGGAUUCACGUCUACAUCUCAACCAACAAUCUAAACUAAAGAAUAUGACUAAAUCAAACUUUAAAUGCACUUUCAACAACGUUUGAUUUACUCCUAUUCUUUAACUUAGAUUUUGGUUGGGAUGGAGACGUGAAUCCAACAUAUCAAUUAUUUAUUUGUAUACAAAGUGGAAUUAAAGCCAGAACCAAGUCAGUGGCACAGAUGGAACUAUCCAAGCAGAAGAUACAUCUCAUUAAAAUGUUGAUAUUUGGCUGUGUUGACAACCAACCAUACACAAUUCAACAUCACUAAAUAUCAUUACAUUUUAAAUCAACCAGAACUUGAAACCCUAGGCCUAAUGUAUUAGUUGAAUUCUGGGUUUAAUCGAAACAACAGCUGUUGAUGACUUUGAAAAUGCUAUAUAGGCCUAAAUAGCAUAAUUGAUGAUAUAUGAGUGAUUAAGUAUGUUCACAUUUCAUUCACUCUGUUAAACCUACCCUUUAGAAUUACUUCCAUUGCAACAAUGAAUGUCUUUAGUUUUUAAGUGUAGAUCUCUCAACAAUCAUUCUCACGAUAGCACAUUGGUAAUAGUCAGUGACAAAUAUCAAAGCUUGGUUUAAACCUUGGAUCGGUAGCUGUAAAUAAAUAAAUUCUCUAGUAGGAGGUGCUGCCCAGACAAAUUGUGUUUUUUUCUGAUAGUGGAUAUAACGUUGAAGAUCUGACAUUGUUUUAAAGGUACAAAUUCAACAUAUUUUAUACAAGGUUUGUCUAUGUUGAAACUUCACUCUCAAAACAACAGUUUUUUCAAAUGCAAUGUAUUUUCCACAAAGAUUCCAAGUCACAAUAAGUUGACAAAUGACGUUGAAACAGCAUUGAUUCAACCAGUUUGUGCCCAGCAGGAUAUGUACUGGUACAGACUUGUCAAUGCAUGGUACAGACAGUAUGUAUUCAUGCAUUUGCACUCCCAAGGCCUUUAGUCAACUAUUCAUUACAAUCUAUAUUAACUGGCUAUUGUGAGACAUAGCAUUGAUCUGUGUUUCCACUUAGUGCUGCAUGUUAAACUGUCUAGUGUUCUUAGAAGACAGUGACACUCAGUUUGGUUAGUGGAGAUGUGUUGUUUAUGUUGAUGUUGUAUGAGCAGGCUUCCAGAAGGUGACUGUGGUCAACACGUGGUACAGUUCCCUGCGGCCUCUCUUCAACUCAGAGGAGAACAUCACAAUGUUUCCCAUCGUCACUGAUGGCAUCCAGAGGUACGGAAGACGAGAACUCUGAAAUGUUUUAGACCAAGGUCAUGUUCAGUAGGCACGAAAUGAGGAGAAAUAAUUUGAAACAGGGCGAGUCGUUUUUUCAUUAAUUACUGUAGAUUUGAAUCAGUCCAAGGAUCGGAUCCAUUUUUUCAAUUUUCGCCUAAAAUGACAUACCCAAAUCUAUCUGCCUGUAACUCAGGACCUGAAGCAAGGAUAUGCAUAUUCUUGAUAUCAUUUGAAAGGAAACACUUUGUGGAAAUGUGAAAUUAAUGUAGGAGAAUACAACACAUUAGAUCUGGUAAAAGAUAAUACAAACCAAAAAACAUGCGUUUUCAAUGUUUUUGUUGUUGCAUGAUCUUUGAAAUGCAAGCAAAAGGCCAGACAGUGAUGUAGGAUUCUAGGUGUAAUUUAGAUGUUGUCCACAAGAUGGCAGCAGUGUGUGUGCAAAGUCUCAGACUGCUCCAGUGAAGAAUUACAUCACUACACAAUAUUUUGUAUCAAGUCUGCCAGGAGUUUUCCCAAAUGUGCCGAAUUGAUAAAUGCAUACAUUUUCAAGUACAUAACUAUAGAGAACAUACAAAAACACUAUGGUAAUAAAAAAUUUAAGUUUACACACUCCCAGGAAUGUCAUACAUGAUGGAUCAUUAGCUUCCCUACAGAAAAGACACUAACCUUCACACCUCUAGAUGGCCGGGCGGGGGUGGGUGUGGAGCCAGAGACAGCAGUGGGGUCAAACUGUAGAACCCAGUUCCUACGUUUGAAUAUAAAAAUGGAUUUUUCAAACAAAACGACACUGCAUUUUAUCUCUGGGACCCUCAGGAUGACAAAUCAGAGCAAGAUUACUGAAUGUAAGUACAUUAUUUACCUUCGGAGGUGAAUGUAUCAAACCAGUUGCCGUGAUAAAAGUGUUUUGUUGUUGUACACAAUCCUCAAACAAUAGCAUGGUAUUUUUUUGCUGUAAUAGCUACUGUAAAUUGGACACUGUAGUUAGAUUAACAAUCAUGUAAGCUUUCUGCCCAUGUAAGACAUGUCUAUGUCCCAGAAAGUUGGCUGUUGUUUACAACGCCAUUCUAGUCACAUAUCGCAUAUUGAGCAGCAACUGUCCCGGUAUAGGGACACCGAUCCAGUAUAGGUUAAGAACAUUCAUUUUCAUUUUCCAUUAAGAUUUAUUUCUCCAUUAGUGCCUACUGAGCAUGAUCCAGUGUUGAUACACAGCCUUAUGUGUGACUGUCACCAUAUGGCCUGUGCUGUGCUAUGUGUGUCAGGUACCUGGGCACCAUCCUGGGCUCCUCUGUCAUCUCUACUACAGUCCUGGGGGAUGGACAGCCUGUCAGCAUGGCUGUACGCUUCCAGCUCCAACACAGAGCUCAAGUAAGGACCUCAGUGUCUCACACUCACAUGGACUAUAUUUCCUCUAUACACUAUAUACCUCUGCCUCUUUCACAGAGAAUAUGAUAUAUCCCUCUAUCUCCUUCAUAAGCCUGUCCUUUACUGUAAGUGGGAAAUGAUGUCCUGUUCCAUCGAUUCCUUUAGAAUCCUGCAGGGACCGUGUAUGACCCAAUCUGUGCAUUCUGGGACUUUGAUCUGAUGUGAGUAUAGUGACAGCAGAUUCUCUGUCAUUAUGUCUAGCAGGUUGACGUUUAUUGGGAUGAGUCUUUUCCUGGAGGCAGAACUGAGCGAUUUCUACUAGAUGGCCAGCUGCAAAGUCAAAAUUGGCUAUAUUGUAAAAAUGUAAGGUUAGGAUUAGACAUUAGGGUUAGCAGUGUGGUUAAGGUUAGGAUUAAGGUUAGGGUUAGGUUUAAAAUCAGAUUGUAUGACUUUGUGGCUGUGCCAGCUAGUGACCAAUCUGCAGAGCUGCCUCCAGGGCAAGAUUCAUGACGAAACACGCUAACCUGCUUACAUCUAUAGAAAUCAGUGUUUGAUUUAUUAGUGUAAUGGUUACCAUACAUUUUUAUGAAAGUGUAAAACUGUUGUCCCCCUCUAGGCCAGAGGCAGGUGGGUGGUGGUCUACUAAAGGCUGUGCAGUCAUCUCUAAACAGUAUGACUCCACUGUCUGCUUCUGCAACCACACCACCAACUUUGCCCUGCUGAUGCAAGUCUAUGAAGUCCAGGUUAAGGUCCAUUCUAUCCUCCACAAUGUGAAAUAGUACAAUAGACAGUAGUCAACAGACACUUAUAGUCUGUAUAGUUAAGUAAUAAUGCCUGAGAACCCGGGAAUUAUCAUGUGACAACUCCCGACAAAGGCUGUUCUGAGUGGGUCAAAACAUGAAAAAAGAACUAACGACCAUCACGAUGCAAAAAAUAAUUCACUCUCUAAAAUAAUGUUUUUAAUGAUAAAAUGUCAUUCGGGUUAGGGGAGGGUUUGGCCGGCCGGGAUUGUCUUGUCCCAUCGCGUUCUAGCGACUCCUUGUGGCGGGCCGGGCGCCUCCACGCUGACUUCGGUCGCCGGCUAGACGUUGUUUCCUCCGACACAUUGGUGCGGCUGGCUUCUGGGUUAAGUGAGCAGUGUGUCAAGAAGCAGUCCAGCUUGGCAGGGUCGUGUUUCGGAGGACGCAUGGCUCUCGACCUUCGCCUCUCCUGAGUCUGCAGGGGAGUUGCAGCGAUGGGACAAGACUGUAACUACCAAUUGGAUAUCACGAAAAAGGGAAAAAAUUGUUUUCAUUAAAAACAUGAUUUUAAAGACUAAAUAAUGUUUUGCAUUGUGAAGUUGCUACCCAAGCGGGCUGGUCGUUAGUUCCUUUCUCAUGUUUUGACCCAGUCGUUAAUUCUAAUCAUUCUAUUCGUUCGAUGUUGCUAUGCUAAACAAAUCAUUGGCAUGUAGCUAGCUAGCAAAUAUUCAAUGAUGAUGAGAGCAAAGAACUUCAAUAAAUAUUGAUUUAAUAAAUAUCCAAUAGGCCUCUAUUAUGGUUGGCGAGUCCGAGCUAACCAAGCUAGUUGGUGAUGUUAAUAGUGACGUUUCCGUUAAUGACACGAGUGGAAGAACUGUCCAUGGUCCUGGUGCUGGUUGGUGACAGCCAGUGCGUUCCUCUUCUUUGCUGGCACGGGAGGGAUUGCAUUUGUAAAAAUAAUACAUAGUUGCACAGCUCGUAGAGGCAGACAGGUAGGUUUAUACAACCCCCAGCUGUUGCAAACCAAAUAGUAGCAUGGAAGAGGGAGAUUACAUUUAUGAAUUUCCUGCCUGGGCUGCGAACAGUUGAAUUAUGACAUUAACACAUCAUGGUCUUUUUUGGGAGUUGUUAUCCCACAACUCCCGCAUAUCAACCAAUCAGCAUCCAGGAUCCAAACAACCUGUUUUAUAGUUAAGUAAUAAGGCCCGACGGGGUGUGGUAUAUGGCCAAUAUACCACGACUAAGGGCUGUUCUUACGCACAACGCAACGCGGAGUGCCUGGACACAGCUCUUAGCCGUGGUACAUUGGCCAUAUAUCACAAACCCCUGAGUUGCCUUAUUGCUAUUAUGAACUGGUUAUCAGUGGUGUAAAGUGAUUAAGUAAAAAUACUUUAAAGUAUUACUUAAGUAGUUUUUGGGGGUAUCUGUACUUUACUUUACCAUUUUAUAUUUUUGAAACUUUUACUUUUACUUCACUACAUUCCUAAAGAAAAUAAUGUACUUUUUACUCCAUACAUUUUCCCUGACACCCAAAAGUACUCGUUACAUUUUGAAUGCUUAGCAGGACAGGAAAAUUAUCCAAUUCACGCACUUAUCAAGAGAACACGUGGUCAUCCCUACUGCCUCUGAUCUGGUAGACUCACUAAACACAAAUUCAUCAUUUGUAAAUGAUGUUGGAGUGUGCCCCUGACUAUCCGUACAUUUUCAAAACAAGAAAAUGGUGCCAUCUGCUUUGCUUAAUAUAAGGAAUUUGAAAUGGUUUAUACUUUUACUUUAACUUUUGAUACUUAAGUAUAUUUUAGCAAUUACAUUUACUUUUCAUACUUAAGUAUAUUUAGAACCAAACUAGACUUUUACUCAAGUAGUAUUUUACUGGAUGACUUUCACUUUUACUUGAGUACCUUGCUAUUAAAGUAUUUAUACUUUUACUCAAGUAUGACAAUUGGGUACGUUUUCCACCACUGCUGGUUACCAACGUAAUUAGAACAGUAAAAAUAAAUGGUUUUGUCAUAACCCGUGGUAUACGGUCUGAUAUACCACAGCUGUCAGCCAAUCAGCAUUCAGGGCUCGAACCACCCAGUUUAUAAUCUCUGAUACCUACUCAUGUGUGUCUGUGUGACAGAGGAGUCCAGAGAAUGAGAGAGCCCUCCAGGUGAUGACGUUCAUUGGCUGUGGAGUGUCUCUGUGUGGCCUACUCUUCACCUUCAUCCUCUUCUUCGCUGUGGGGUGAGUGGUGCCCUGCUCCAGCGAUGAAUCUACUAGCUUGUACAAUACAUCUGUCUGUUUGAAUGAUUCACUCUGUCUGUACAUCACUUCUCUUUACCAUGCUGAGCAGACAAAUUGCUGCUGUGUUUUCUAUGACUGUAUGAUGACUGACUCACAGUCAGUUUGUCUGUGUGUUGGUCUGACCUUGAUCAUCUCUCUGUGUCCCUCUCCCCUGUCUGGCCUGGUGUGGUGUGGGGGCAGAGUUCCUAAGUCUGACCGCACCACUGUCCAUAAGAACCUGAUCGUGGCUCUGGGGAUAGCUGAGCUGCUGCUGAUGUGCAGUGACUGGGCCUCUGCUAAUGAGGUUGGACUCUUUACAUGGCUGUGUCUGUCUUUAAACAUCUCACUCUCUGUCUGUGGUUAUGGGUACUAUGGACCAGAGGAGGGCAUAGGGUCAGUUUUGUCAGUGAUCCAGGAGUCUGUAGGCUUUUAGCUGCUUCUGUCGUUGAAUGCAUGAUAGGACUCCAUUCUCUUCUCUGGACUAAAGUACUAUAUGUGCGUUACUUUCUAUUGUUUUUUGAACUUGUGUCACCAUGUAAGAGUAACUAGUGGACAAGUAUCUAUGGUGACAGUAACCAUGUCAAUGCCAUGUCCCUCCUGUCCACUAGGGGGCAUGUCUUCUGGUGACGGCCUUGCUGCACCUCUUCUUCAUGGCCUCCUUCUCCUGGAUGCUGGUGGAGGGGCUACUGCUGUGGAGUAAGGUGGUGUCCGUCAACAUCAGCGAGGACCGCAGGAUGAAGAUGUACUACGGCAUCGGCUGGGGUAAAAUACCCUGCAGAAUCACACAUCACUACUUAUUAUUAAUGAUACUGUACAAUGUUCCCAUACAUUCCACACAGGACUCAUCCACUCACAUAAGAUCCUGUCCUAUACUCUAUAGUACAUAGCAGUAUUGUUUGGUAAGAACACAGUGCUGUCUGGAACGCAACUCAUCUAGACCAAAGGUUGUGUUCAUUCGAAGAGUGUGUGCAUUCAAAAAGCUAAACACACUCAUGAUGAUGUUUUAUAAGAUGCCCAGAUAUAUCGGCCAGCUGUCUGAGGUUUUCACUUUGUUCAGACUAAAUAGAAUGGCUGGUGAAUGGACAGUUGGUGCCUACUGCAGUUCCUGGUCCUGUACCACAGCAAUGUAAACUCUCUUCACUAAAGAUAUUCAUGUGUUGUAUGAAUAUAAGAGACCUGGUGAAUUAAAAGCAAAAAAUAUUGUGUUAUUUUUGCAGGUCUGCCUGUUGUGGUUGUUGGUGUAACCUUGACGAUAUCCCUGGACAAGUACAAAGCAGACAGUCACUGCUGGCUCAAUGUGGAGACUGAUAUGAUUUGGGCCUUUGUGGGACCUGUUCUGUUAAUCUUGGUCGUAUGUAGCUUCACUUCACUUAUUGGCUUUGCUUGAUUGCAUGCGUGUGUGUGUGUGUGUGUGUGUGUGUGUGUGUGUGUGCGCUUGCGUUUCUGUGUGUGUGUGCUUGCAUGUGAUGUUUACUAAUGUGUCAUACACGUGUCAUUAUGCAAAAAUAUGGCAUGUCCAUCGGUUGUUCUGAGACUUUGUGUACUCCUAGGUCAAUGCAGUGGUGCUGUGCCGGGUUGUCAUGGUGACAGUGUCCAGCGCUCGUCGUCAAGCAAAGAAGCACACUCCCAGUUCAGCAUCUAAACUCCACACCUUUGACCUGACCUGGUGAGUCACCACACUAUAGCCCAUUCUCUCUCUCUAUAUAUAUAUAUACAGUUGAAGUCGGAAGUUUACAUACACUUAGGUUGGAGUCAUUCAAACUUUCAACCACUCCACAAAUUUCUUGUUAACAAACUAUAGUUUUGGCAAGUCGGUUAGGACAUCUACUUUGUGCAUGACACAAGUAAUUUUUCCAACAAUUGUUAACAGACAGAUUAUUUAACUUAUAAUUCACUGUAUCACAAUUCCAGUGGGUCAGAAGUUUACACACACUAAGUUGACUGUGCCUUUAAACAGCUUGGAAAAUUCCAGAAAAUUAUGUCAUAGAUUUAGAAGCUUCUGAUAGGCUAAUUGAUAUAAUUUUAGUCAAUUGGAGGUGUACAUGUGGAUGUAUUUCAAGGCAGGAGGAGACGCGUUCUGUCUCCUAGAGAUGAACGUACUUUGGUGCGAAAAGUGCAAAUCAAUCCCAGAACAACAGCAAAGGACCUUGUGAAGAUGUAUCUAUAUGCACAGUAAAACGAGUCCUAUAUCGACAUAACCUGAAAGGCCGCUCAGCAAGGAAGAAGCCACUGCUACAAAACCGUCAUAAAAAAAGGCAGACUACGGUUUGCAACUGCACAUGGGGACAAAGAUCGUACUUUUUGGAGAAAUGUCUUUGGGUCUGAUGAAACAAAAAUAGAACUGUUUGGCCAUAAUGACCAUCGUUAUGAUUGGAGGAAAAAGGGGGCCGCUUGCAUGCCGAAAAACACCAUCCCAACCGUGAAGCACGGGGAUGGCAGCAUCAUGCUGUGGGGGUGCGUUGCUGCAGGAGGGACUGGUGCACUUCACAAAAUAGAUGGCAUCAUGAGGAAGGAAAAUUAUGUGGAUAUAUUGAUGCAACAUCUCAAGACAUCAGUCAGGAAGUUAAAGCUUGGUCGCAAAUGGGUCUUCCAAAUGGACAAUGACCCCAAGCAUACUUCCAAAGUUGUUGCAAAAUGGCUUAAGGACAACAAAGUCAAGGUAUUGGAGUGGCCAUCACAAAGCCCUGACCUCAAUCCUAUAGAAAAUGUGUGGGCAGAAAAGUGAAAAGGCAUGUGCGAGCAAGGAGGCCUACAAACCUGACUCAGUUACACCAGCUCUGUCAGGAGGAAUGGGCAAAAAUUCACCCAACGUAUUGUGGGAAGCUUGUGGAAGGCUACCCAAAACGUUUGACCCAAGUUAAACAAUUUAAAGGCAAUGCUACCAAAUACUAAUUGAGUGUAUGUAAACUUCUGACCCACUGGGAAUGUGAUGAAAGAAAUCAAAUCUGAAAUAAAUCAUUCACUCUACUAUUAUUCUGACAUUUCACUUCUUAAAAUAAAGUGGUGAUCCUAACUGACCUAAGACAGGGAAUUUUUACUAGGAUUAAAUUUCAGGAAUUGUGAAAAACUGAGUUUAAAUGUAUUUGGCUAAGGUGUAUGUAAACUUCUGACUUUAACUAUAUAUAUACACUACAUUGCCAAAAGUAUGUGGACACGUGCUCGUCAAACAUCUAAUUCCAAAAUCAUGGCCAUUAAUAUGGAGUUGGUCCCCCCUUUGCUGCUAUAACAGCCUCCGCUCUUCUGGGAAGGCUUUCCACUAGAUGUUGGAACAUUGCUGCGGGGGCUUGCCUUCCCCAAACAAAGUUGGAAGCACAGAAUCGUCUAGAAUGUCAUUGUAUACUGUAGCGUUAAGAUUUCCCUUCACUGGAAACUAACGGUCCAAGCCCCAACCAUGAAAAACAGUCUCAGACCAUUAUUCCUCUUCCAACAAACUUUACAGUUGGCACUAUGCUUUGGGACAGGUAGCGUUUUCCUGGCAUCCUCCAAACCCAGAUUAGUCCGUCGGACUGCUAGAUGGUGAAGAGUGAUUAAUCGCUCCAGACGACACUUGGCAUUGCGUAUGGUGAUCUUAGGCUUGUGUGUGGCUGCUCGGCCAUGGAAACCCAUUUCAUGAAGCCCCCUACAAACAGUUCUUGUGCUGACGUUGCUUCCAGAGGCAGUUUGGAAUUCGGUAGUGAGUGUUGAAACCGAGGACAGACGAUUUUUACACGUUACGCGCUUCAGCACUUGGCUGUCCCAUUCUGUGAGCUUAUGUGGCCUACCACUUCGCGGCUGAACUGUUGUUGCUCCUAGACGUUUCCACUUCACAAUAACAGCACUUACAGUUAACCAGGGCAGCUCUAGUUGGAAAGGUGGCAUCCUAUGAUGGUGCCACACUGAAAGUCACUGAGCUCUUCAGUAUGGGCCAUUCAGCAACUGGUGUGGCUGAAAUAGCUACAUCCACUCAUGUGAAGGGGUGUCCAAAUACAUUUGUGCAUAUAUUUCCUUGUCUCUCUCUCUUUCUCUCUCUCUGUUUCUCUCUUUUUCUCUCUCUAUAUAUCUCUCUCGCUAUCUCUCCCUCUCUCUCUCUGUGUUCCUGGCUUUCUCUCUCUCUCUUUCUCUCAGGAGCUUCCAGUAUGGUUGUUAAUUAAUGUGAAUGAGCUGACCGCUGGCUCCGGAGUACCCCUCAAAGAGCUGCUAGUUAAUUUAGAUUUACUGAGGUUUCAUCCAGAAGAGAGGGGAGAAGAUAUCAACCUCAGUCUUCCUCAGAGCAGAGAAUAUACUUAUAGAAACAACCCACUGUUCUCACCAAGCAGGAAGAAGUUGGUCAUCAUCAUACAAUCAGGAACUACUAUCCACACAGCCUCAUCAACAAGUUGGCUAACUCACUAAAGCCAGGAUAAAGCACAUAUUGUAGGUAGUAAAGGGGUGUCCACAUAUAUCUGGCCAUGUAGUGUAUAUCUGUCCCUGUCUCUCUCUCUUUCUCUCUCUCUCUGUUUCUCUAUCUGUUUCUCUCUCUCUCUCAUCCACUCUCUCAUCGACACUCUCAUCCACUCUCCCAUACGCUCUCUCAUCCUCUCUCUCAUCCACUCACUCAUCCUCUCUUUCCCUGACUCUCCUGCUCUCUCACUCACAAACACACGUGUCACGUGCCUGUGACUCGACCCCAACAUCCAACCCUUGGUGGCUUUUCAUGGUCUGCUUUAUAUGUGUGAGAUAUAAUGAGCUAAAUGUGUGUUGAGGGCUGAGUCAGAAUAUGUUUAAUUUGAAGCUCAAUAGAAUAGGACGUUUUCAAAUCCACAGGUGACAGAUCCACACAGACAAACUGAACAGAUUCGAGCAGAGAGACAGUGACUGUGUGAGAAUGAGGUAGUUUGAGUUUGAAGUAGUGGGAGUUGUGUGUCUUAUCAGCCUACCACCUGGUCAGAGAGAAAGAGAUAGAGAGAGAGAGAGAGAGAGAGAAGAGAGAGAGAGAGAGAGAGAGAGAGAGAGAGAGAGAGAGAGAGAGAGAGAGAGAGAGAGAGAGACUGUCUGGGUGGGUGUCUGUUGGUCUGUGUUCUUUUCACUGAGCUCAUUGUCUGCUUAAUGUGGACUCUAAACGGGGACCAGAGCCUAGUGUUCAGUCCUGUCCCAACAAUAUGGAAAGGUUCGCAACAUGCUAUACUCAUAUAGCGACAUAGCUGCCUACGUGUACAGUCGUGGUCAAAAGUUUUGAGAAUGACACAAAUAUUAAUUUUCACAAAGUCUGCUGCCUCAGUUUUUAUGAUGGCAAUUUGCAUAUACUCCAGAAUGUUAUGAAGAGUGAUCAGAUGAAUUGCAAUUAAUUGCAAAGUCCCUCUUUGCCAUGAAAAUGAACUUAAUCCCCCAAAAAACAUUUCCACUGCAUUUCAGCCCUGCCACAAAAGGACCAGCUGACAUCAUAUCAGUGAUUCCCUCAUUAACACAGGUGAGAGUGUUGACGAGGACAAGGCUGGAGAUCACUCUGUCAUGCUGAUUGAGUUAGAAUAACAGACUGGAAGCUUUAAAAGGAGGGUGGUGCUUGUCCGGAGAAGACAAGGUGAGCGCUACCAUCAGUCCUGUGUCAUGCCAACAGUAAAGCAUCCUGAGACCAUUCAUGUGUGGGGUUGCUUCUCAGCCAAGGGAGUGGGCUCACUCACAAGUUUGCCUAAGAACACAGCCAUGAAUAAAGAAUGGUUUCCGACACAUCCUCCGAGAGCAACUUCUCCCAACAAUCCAAGAGCAGUUUGGUGACGAACGAUGCCUUUUCCAGCAUGAUGGAGCACCUUGCCAUAAGGCAAAAGCGAUAACUAUGUGGCUCGGGGAACAAAACAUGGCCAUGGCCAGGAAACUCCACAGACCUUAAUCCCAUUGAGAACGUGUGGUUAAUCCUCAAGAGGCGGGUGGACAAACAAAAACCCACAAAUUCUGACAAACUCCAAGCAUUGAUUAUUCAAAAAUGGGAUGCCAUCAGUCAGGAUGUGGCCCAGAAGUUAAUUGACAGCAUGCCAGGGCGGAUUGCAGAGGUCUUGAAAAAGAAGGGUUAACACUGCAAUUAUUGACUCUUUGCAUAAACUUAAUGUAAUUGUCAAUAAAAGCCUUUGACACUUACGGAAUGCUUGUAAUUAUACUUCAGUAUACCAUAGUAACAUCUGACAAAAAUAUCUAAAAACACUGAAGCAGCAAACUUUGUGAAGACCAAUGCUUGUGUCAUUCUCAAAACCUUUGACCACGACUGUAGAGACAAGACAAAUACAUGUAUAUUGUACACACUGCUGAUCUAUGAACGCCAAGACCCUAUUUCAUACUAGAUUUCUGAAAUGCUAUUUUUCUUCUCAUUCAUCACCUGUUCAUUUGCUCGUAAAAAGAGUGAAGGAGUAAGCAAGUCAUCUUUGCCCCCUCCGCAGUCUAUCUGUUCCCUGUAAGAAUGUGAUGACGUCACAAGAUUAGAAAGAAGACUAAAUUGAAAAGAAAAGCAAAGGAAGAAGAGGAACUACUCACUUUGUCCUUGUAGACAUAGUUCAGUGUGAACUCAAUCUCCUGGCCCAGGUGCAGCAAGAGGACAGCAAUAGAAGUUUGAACAAAUAACCGUAAUGUUAUUUCACGUAUAAGCACAUAGCAGAUGAAACGGAUGAUUGUAAAGAAUGAAGAGCACGACUGCAGUGCCCUGUGAACCUUUGUGAGGAUGAAAACAUGAUGGGAAUCCAAGGAGUAACUAUUUCAUGUUUUUGCUCCACUGCCAUCGAAGGUCCUCUGUGUAUUACGCUUUUUGUUGUAUUACUUUUGACACUAAAGGACAGGUUCACUUUUUUUUCACCAAAUCUGUAUUUUGGAUGUAAAUGGUAUGUUAUAGACGGGUUGGUUGUUUAGUAACAAAACCGAAGCGUGCGCAACGAUGGGGCAAAACAUACAUUGCUGGCUUAGAUUGUUGACAACAUGUAAACUAUAUUUUGUCUCCAACAAAACAUACAAAUAUUACAAUGAGCACUUGUUGUCUAUCAAAUACAUCGUUACAGUUGUUGGUUAACUAGUAAGCGAAUUUGAGCCAUAUUAGCAUAGAUGUGACAUCAGUCAAAACACCUCAAAACAAUACAUGGUAUCAAGAACAAGAUAAAACUAGCUGAAAAGAGACACCUACGAUUCCCCACAUUGCAGCGUCUUGUCAUGGUUGCUAGCUAUCUGGUCAUCCAGAAUCCCAACAACACACAUCCUUCUGCCCCAUUGAAGUGCACGCAUCGUUUUUGUGACGUUGUCCAGACACUUUUUUGCAAUUUCAAUGGUUUUGAGAAACUUAACCCGCCAGCGAUAGACUGUCUCAUGCUCGUUUUGCAGUUGCAGGGGCACAGAUAAAACAUGAACAAAGGCUCCAAAAACAGCCAAAUCACAAAAAUAUUUAUCUGGACACUAUAACAUGACCUUUAAUUCCAAAAUACAGAUUUGGUUAAAAAAAAAAGUGAACCUGUCCUUUAAGCGGGCCGAAAUGGCUGCUACACUCCUUGAGAGGAAUUUAUGGAGGGGGGAAAAACAUUUAAAGUCCAAACUUCCAAAUCAGAGACACAGAGCAUAUACAGUGAGUGUACAAAACAUUAGGAACAACUUACUAAUAUUGAGUUGUAACCCCUAAUGGCCCUCAGAACAGCCUCAAUUCGUUGCGGCAUGGACUGUACAAGGUGUCGAAAGUCUUCUACAGGGAUGCUGGCCCAUGUUGACUACAAUGCUUCCCACAGCUUGCCAAUUUGGCAGGAUGUCCUUUGGGUGGUGGACCAUUCUUGAUACACAUGGGAAACUGUUGAGUGUGAAAAACCCAGCAGCAUUGCAGUUCUUGACACACUCAAACCAGUGCGCUUGGCACCUACUACGCUUGGCACCUACUACUAUAUCCCGUUCAAAGGCAAUUAAAUAUUUUGUCUUGCCGAUUCAGCCUCUGAAUGGCACACAUGCACAAUCCAUGUCUCAAUUGUCUCAAGGCUUCAAAAUCCUUCUUUAACCUGUCUCCUCCCCUUCAUCUACAGUGAUUGAAGUGAAUUAACAAGUGACAUCAAUAAGGGAUCAUAGCUUUCACCUGGAUUCACCUGGUCAGUCUGUCAUGGAAAGAGCAGGUGUUCCUAAUGUUUUAUACAGUCAGUGUAUAUAAUCUUAACAUAAUAAUGUGACAUUUUGAAAAACUUAAACUGAAUUUAAAUUGAAUCCAGUCAAAUCAAGUAUAGCUUUGCCAAAUCAUUUAAUUGCAUGCAGUUAUGCAGGAUGUUCACUUAAUAUAAGCAUGCAGGUUUGCGUACAUCAGUGUGCGUGUUCAUGUGGGUUGGUGCGUGAGUGUGGGUGUUUUUACUAUCCUGACAGUCUGACUUCUGUAGGGCUGUGACACGACCAGUCCUUAUUCUACUGCCAGUGCUGGGCCUGACCUGGCUGUGUGGAGUCCUGGUGCACCUCUCCAUGGUGGUGGCGUAUGUCUUCAUCGCUCUCAAUGCUUUUCAGGUGAGCAAAGCCACCCAUCGAAGGAUCAUUGUAUGUAAUGGUUUCAAGAGAAACUGAGGGUGAGAGAGACGAAGAGUGGAGGAAGGUGGGCCUGCUGUAGAUAAGCAGAGGUGGGCUGCAACAGGUCCAGUGGAGCGGUGUGUGUGGUGUGGCGUGCUUGUGUGUGUGCGUGUGUGUGCGUUUGUGUGUGUGUGCAUGCAUGCACGUGUGUGGGGGAGAGGGUGGCUCAGACUGGGCCUUUGAAGGACAGGUCAUGGCAGGGCUCCCGGGCUCUCCAGGCUGACCCAUCGCCAGAUAUACCUCCACCUCCCUUCCCAUCACACCCCUGAUAAGACCUGUAAAUCAGCUGGAGGUACUCUGGACUUCCCCUCUAUUCCUCUCUCUCUCUGCCUCUCUCUCUGUCUUUCGCUAUCUCUCCCUCUCUCUCUCUGUUCCUGGCUUUCUCUCUCUCUCUUUCUCUCAGGAGCUUCCAGCAUGGUUGUUAAUUAAUGUGAAUGAGCUGGCCGCUGGCCCCGGAGUACCCCUCAAAGAGCUGCUAGUUAAUUUAGAUUGACUGAGGUUUCAUCCAGAAGAGAGGAGAGAGGAGAUAAACCUCAGUCUCCCUCAGAGCAGAGAAUAUACUUAUAGAAACAACCCACUGUUCUCACCAAGCAGGAAGAAGUUGGUCAUCAUCAUAGAGUCAGGAACUACUAUCCACACAGCCUCAUCAACAAGUUGUCUAACUCACUAAAGCCAGGAUAAAGCACAUAUUGUAGGUAGUCUACAGCCAUGGGUAAUAUCUUAUGGUCUUCUGUCCUUCCCUUUCUGCAGGGCCUGUACAUAUUCUUGGUGUAUGCGGUUUACAACAGUGAGGUAGGUUUUCAAAGAACUCUUUCAGCGGGAGUUCUUUCUCUCAGAAUGUAGUUGUCCAUCUGUGGCAUGCCAACCACUUGACACUGCCAAGUACGUCAGUGGGUGUACAAGCUAUUGAGGGUGCUGUCUGCUUUUCUUAAAGGUGAGGAAUGCCAUAAAGAGGAUCAAAGAGAAGAGGAAAGCCUUGUCUUUCACGGUGAGCCAAAAAGCAUACAGCGACAUCCUUACUAACAUUUGUAUUAUGUUCAAACUGGAGAAAAACAUUAUGCUAAUUCAGUAUGCACAUGCUUGAAUACACAAUCAGACAGCCUCAUCUAAACAGCUCAACACAUUCUUAUUGGUUGUAGAACUGUUCCCAGCCAAUCAGCUUCCUGCCGUCCCAGAGGGGUCCGGCCCAGUCGUGGACCCACAGUCUGCCCCGUCCCUCCAGCCCAGAGACCAGCGAGAACUCAGGCCCCGGCAGCACCACCUCCACCUCACUGGUCAUCAAGAACGGUAGGAGAGGCAGAAUAGGGUGGGUGGGCCUGGGGCUGGAGUGAGGCAUGGGCUGUGGUGGGUUGGUCAGGUUAGCUGGGUUUGGGUAGGUUGGGUUGGGUUAGGAUUGGGUAGUGGUGGGUUGUGGUACAAGGGGUUUAGUAGAGUCAUGCAGUCUGGAUAUUACACUUAGGUGUUCUACACCACCUGACAUGAAUGCCAUUAAUACCAGGUGAAUAACUGGUGGGAUUUUACCUUUUUGUCUUUCAGAGAGUUUUGGAAAAGAAAGUCGUUUUGUGAGCUUCUCCUUGAAACCAGCAUCAGGAAACCAGGUAUGUUUGGUAUUAUGCAUCUAAAGAGGCCAUAUCCACUUAUUAAGCCUACUAUCACUCCUAAAUGGUUAUUGUGUAUUUGAGAAUUCUGCUCCAUCUCCAACACAUCAACAUGUCUGUUCUACUUUACCAGGUGGUUCAACUGACUGCUUUCAAGCCCUCAGGUAAUUUCACAAUUUCCUUGACAGUGAAUCUGACUUUAAAAUUCUAAAAAGUCUAAGCAGUUUGGGGGGGGGGGGUCUAAGCUGACAUAUGGAAUUGUUUUAAGAUGCUUAUACUAUGGAUCAUUUAGCUAUUUGAUUUAGAAUUUUAGGACCCCUUUAGGUAUUACAAAAAUAUAUACAAAAAAUGAUUUGAUAAAUAAUUGAAUUUGGCCUUUACUACUAUAGCCCAGAGAAACGCAUUGAAUAACACAUUCAUAAAUGGGGGAAAAAAGACAGUCAAAAAAUGAAUCAUAACAAACAAGGUUUUGAAGUGUAUAUCUCUGAGAUAUAAGAACGGUCGGGAAAUAUAUAUAUAUAUAUAUAUAUAAUAUAUAUAUAUAUAUAUAUAUAUAUAUAUAUAUAAAUAUAUAUUACACAUAUUUAACCCUUAAUUUGGGUAGGCACAAAACUACCUUCAUACUUCCAUUAAUUUUUUUAAGCCAGUACCGGUUACCUUCAGGAUGCGGUGGAUUGAGACGCAGCCAAUGCAAAAAAACAGAUAGGGAUGGGGAUUUUUUUAUUAUGUUACUUAGAUUGACACAUCGGUGUGCCAAUCGACUCUAGGGUUAUUUAUCUUGGUUUAUUAACGAUAAUGUGGCUGGCACACAUAGAGUAAGGAACCAGGCUACAUUGUCUGCUGACAAUUUCAUCAUAAUUCAAUCCCCUUCAGUUAGUAUAUUUAUUUUCACUACAUGUAAUAACAUCAGGUGUGAGUUAUGUAAACAUAUGGGCAGUUCUCUUUGGCUUGUUGAAGUGGGCCAGGUCACUUAACCAUGUGUCUAAUCAUAAGAAAGGCUGAAAGUUUUAUCUGUUCUUUCUGUUUCUCAGAACAUUAGGAAACCUCAUUUUCUUCAUUAGUUAGACAAUCAGACUACCGCCGAUCAUCCACUCAAACACCUGCUCCCACAGAGGGACUGUCACCCGCACCCACACACACAUACGCACGCACGUAAGCACACACACACACACAGACAGACCCAUUCAAUCCACCAAGAGGUUCUGUGUUGGGGCAAAACUGAAGGUUUUUCGAGGUCUAGUCUGUAAGGAUUCAACCAUUUAUAGACAUUCUGUGUAGUUUCCUUUUUUGCAAAGAAGGGAAAAUCUAUUAUAUUGAACAGAAAUAAUAUGUUGAUAGAAUAAUAAAUAUUUUGUUACUUUUCUGUUACUACAGGCUGCUGAUGGAAUUGGAUACAAAGGCACAUGUAUCAUAUAAACUGGUGGGAAGAAAGCGGAAUUGGACAGUAAAUAUCGCAAACAGAUACACACAAUAGAUGAAUCUACUCUCAUACACAUACAGUGCAUUAGGAAAGUAUUCAGACCCCUUUACUUUUUCCACAUUUUGUUACGUUACAGCCUUAUUCUAAAAUUAAUUAAAUUGUUUUUUCCCCUCAUCAAUCUACACACAAUACCCCAUAAUGACGAAGCAAAAAAUUGUUUUUAGAAAUUUGUGCAAAUGUAUAUAAAAAAAAAAUAUAUAUAUAUAUAUAUAUAUAUAUAUAUAUAUAUAAGUAUUCAGACCCUUUACUCAGUACUUUGUUGAAGCACCUUUGGCAAUGAUUACAGCCUUGAGUCUUCUUGGUUAUGACGCUACAAGCUUGGCACACGUGUAUUUGGGGAGUUUCUCCCAUUCUUCUCUGCAGAUCCUCUCAAGCUCUGUCAGGUUGGAUGGGGAGCGUCACUGCACAGCUAUUUUCAGGUCUCUCCAGAGAUGUUCAAUCGGGCUUUGGCUGGACUUGAACCCGAAGCCACUCCUGUGUUGUCUUGGCUGUGUGCUUAGGGUUGUUGUCCUGUUGGAAGGUGAACCUUCACCCCAGUCUGAGGUCCUGAGCACUCUGGAGCAAGUUUUCAUCAAGGAUCACUCUGUACUUUGCUCCGUUCAUAUUUCCCUCGAUCCUGACAAGUCUCCCAGUCCUUGCCGCUGAAAAACAUCCCCACAGCAUGAUGCUGCCACCACCAUGCUCCACCGUAGGGAUGGUGCCAAGUUUCCUCCAGACGUGACACUUGGCAUUCAGGCCAAAUAGUUAAAUCUUGGUAUCAUCAGACCAGAGAAUCUUUUUUCUCAUGGUCUGAGAGUCCAUUAGGGGCCUUUUGGCAAACUCCAAGCGAGCUGUCAUGUGCCUUUUACUGAGGAAUGGCUUCCGUCUGGCCACUCUACCAUAAAGGCCUGAUUGGUAGAGUGCUGCAGAGAUGGUUAUCCUUCUGGAAGGUUCUCCCAUCUCCACAGAGGAACUCUGCAGUUCUGUCAGAGUGACCAUCAGGUUCUUGGUCACCUCCCUGACCAAGGCCCUUCUCCCCCGAUUGCUCAGUUUGGCCAGGCGGCCAGCUCUAGGAAGAGUCUUGGUGGUUCCAAACGUCUUCCAUUAAAGAAUGAUGGAGGCUGCUGUGUUCUUGGGGACCUUUUAUGCAGCAGAAUUGUUUUGCUACCCUUCCCCAGAUCUGUGCCUCGACACAAUCCUGUCUCGGAGCUCUACGAACAAGUCCUUCGACCUCAUGGCUUGGUUUUGCUCUGACAUGCACUGUCAACUGUGGGACCUUAUAUAGACAGGUGUGUGCCUUUCCAAAUCAUGUCCAAUCAGUUGAAUUUACCACAGGUGGACUCCAAUAAAGUAGUAGAAACAUCUCAAGGAUGAUCAAUGGAAACAGGACGCACCUGAGCUCAAUUUCGAGUCUCAUAGCAAAGGGUCUGAAAACGUAUGUAAAUAAGGUAUUUUUGCAUUUUAUGUUUUUAUAAAUUUGCAAAACUUUCUAAAAACCUGUUUUCGCUUUGUCAUUAUGGGGUAUUGUGUGUAGAUUGUUGAGGGAAAACAAUUAUUUAAUCCAUUUUAGAAUAAAGCUGUAACGUUACAAAAUGUGGAGAAAGGGAAGGGGUCUAAAUAGACACACACUCAAAUGCUGCACACAUACACACACACACACACACACACACACACACACAUACACACACACACACACAUACAUAUCCCUACAUACAGAAUUAAAGACUCAAAGAUGUACGCACACACACAUACACACACACACACACACACACACAAACACACACACACACACACAAUGCAGGAAGAAUCUUUUGGGAGGACAGCUCCUCCUCCACAGUUCCCCAUUCCCAGGGUCAGGAAUCAUCUGCUGUUUAUGAAAUGGCUGUUUUAGAGAGGCAACACAAUGUUUGUUGUGUGCAGGCAGAAUUCAGUUUCAUUCUCUGUUGGAGAGUGGCUGAUCACACCUUCAGGCUUUUUUACAAUGAUAUGUGUGUGUGUGUGUGUGUGUGUGUGUACUUUUUGUUUUUACAGACAUAACUAGACAGUAGUUAUUACUGUAAACUGGAUAUAAACCUUUUAAUCUAGGAUUAAAGGGUUUUACUACUGUAAAAUAUCAUAUGACCAGACAACACGAUUGUGUUGUCAGUGUGAGAACAUGGAUAGACUGAUGACAGAUUAUCUCAUAGAUCAACAGUAUUAGAUAGUAGAGAUAUGCUGCUGACUUACUGUGGAUUGUCUGGGCAGCUCAUAAAGAGACUUUAUGAAGCCUAUCACCUGUUGUCCACCUACUGUAUCACCAGCCAACCACUAUGUGUAUUUGAGGCUGUUCUAGCUUCAGCUUGGCUGUCUCCCCAAGCCUUUCCUCCCUCCCCUCCCCUCCCCUGGCCACCCCUACCUUACAACAAGCAGUAGCAAUCCUGGCUUCUCCCUAUCUCCACUACAGGAAGGUGCACUCUGA